CAGUCUGGCGGGACGCGGCCAUCGCGCGGGAACCCGGCACGUGUCACGCCGGAAACGACAGGUUUGCAGCGCGGCCGGCAGCGCCGUGUACCUCAGAGACUUGACUGAAGGGCCUGCCGACCGCCGCAUCACCAUGAGGCUCCCCCACGCGCCGACCAUUGGCCUGCUGCUGCUGCCGCUGCUGACUACAGGAACAGAAACUCCCUACAGUGACUGUGGGUUUACCGGCUCCCUGGUCGGACUUCAGCUAGGUAGCUGCCGAGAAUGGCCGUGCGUCUUCGAACGGGGAGUGCCCAUCGCUGGAGAGGUUCUCUUCAAGGCGGUCUCGAACUAUCGCACCCUCAAAACGACGAUUAAUGCUCUGUUCGGAGGCAUUGCAAUUCCGCUUUAUGUCGACGAACAGAUGUGCACCAAGCUGCUGAUCGGCCAGUGUCCGGCGGACAUUGGAGAGUCGCUCAGUUACCUGGCCAACUUGACCGUGGGCCACGACCUACCGACCAUCACCGUCACGCUGGAGUGGAAUAUCGCCAACGGAGACGGAGAGACGGUCGUCUGCGCCCAGGUGCCCGCCCAGUUCCACUAGCUAGUGCUGUCGACGACGCAGGUCCACCAGCGCGAAAAUGGCGAAGAAGGCGACGUCAACUUCUAAGCUUCUUCAGUCGUGGACCGCGAGGCUCCACUAGCAAGUGCCGUGGACGGUCCAUUUCGUCACAGCUGUCUUGUUCUGGGCGACUUCAGCGGCAGUCGCGCCAGUUUCAUUGUAUUAUACGCCGCAUACGAGCUGUUAAUUACUUCCGAUCUGAGAUGCAACUGUGAAUGGUAAUAUGGGCUAUUUUUCUGUUGUAGGGUUAGCAUUGAUUGUUAUACUAGAUAGUAGAUAUGAUUAUUGUCUUGGUGCUGUGACAUGCUUCUCAUGAACAGCGCUAUGUCAUCGAUGUAGGUGUAAAUGUGUUUUAUGUAGGGGUUCUACUGUUAUCUAUGGUAGGGGUCAUAGGGAUUGUUAUCUGUGUGGGUUUUAUCUAUAGAUAAUGAUGUUUCAACGGGUAUCUUACAUGCAAAAAAUUAUCACGCUAUUUUCCUCGGAAACCAGGCUCCGUUUGAUAUUAAGAUUAUAUGAUCCUAAACUUGAUAAACAAUAGUUUGGGACCCCAAGCGUUUUGUGAGAUUUGUUUGUUGCUCGUGUCACCAGGCGAUUUCCCGCUUGCACUUGCUAGGCUAGAUGGAAACGUGCACUUUAAGUUCGAUCGGCCUGUUAGUCAUGUACCUAAUGCUUAGUGAAACAUCACGAGUUCGCUAUACAGACAUAAUAUAGCUAAGUAGUCGAUCUAAGCUCCUUGUAGCGGAGUGCUCAGGAUUCUACUGAUGCCAAAACUACGUCCGCGAAAUGACAACAUUCUUUGAGUGGAUCUGACAAUGUGGCGCUCCAAAAACGCACCGUGCCGAUGCCAGCCGUGUGUUUUUGUGCGGCGAGCGCAAAUCGCAAUCGCUCUGUGUCUAAUUGAUAUUACAUUCAGGCAUUUUUCUCUGAUAGCUUCCAUUGUGCCUUGGACCAGUGUUCCUUUUUUGUUCAUUUAGUGUAAUUGCUUCACCAGAGAGCUCUGAUGGGGGUCCGGGAAUAGAGCAGGUUAUGCGGAAUGUGGUCCAACAAUAGCACCGCUGAUCGAACAACACGCGCAACGGAAUCCGCCAUUUCGCGGAGCAAAUAUUCGGCUGGCAAGUCGGGCUUCGAUACAAUCCUGAGCUCUUAGGAAAGAUGGAAUUCGUCUGAUCAGACGAUGCUUGCAAUGCUUCCAGACCCUGCAAUCAUUGCAAUUGUCAUGAAAUUGGGCAACACAUUCACACAGAACCAAUGCAGAUGUCCUAACAUAUGCUUUACAUGCAUCUGUUACAACCUCCCGAUUUCUGUGCUUUACACCACGCAAUGGAGAACCGAGAGGUGGAUGACUACAGGCAUAGACCAAUAUUUAUCUAUGUGGUUAUAUAGAACACUAACUAUACGGUGGUCUACCUACAUCCAGACAUAGGCCAUCGAUAUAUAGUGGUCUAUGCUAUAUAGUUGGCUAGCUGGCAAUAUUGAUGCACAGUGAUCAGGAGGUGCCGAAACUGUAAAUAUUCUUUUUUCUUGCACAUGUUCUUUGCAUAUUGAUUUACCGUCCGUUACCGACUCCGCGUUUCCUGUAAAAUGACUUUCAUUUUCUGUCAGAACACAAAUUAAUAAAAUGUAAUAGUUACUAGGAAGCAUUGCGGGGUGAGCGGUUCCCUGUUGCCUAGCCGGCUUAUUGAAGCCUUGAACUGUGAAUGACAGUGUGUGGGCGCUGCGACAAUUAGCUGAACGCACAGCCCGGGUAUAAAAGUCGCCGCCAUCACUGCCAUGACAUCGUAACUCGGCACUCGCAGCCUCCGGCGUCACCAUGGCUGCGCCCCUGCGCCUCUCUUGUGUGCUGCUGGCCGCGCUGGCCGCGCUCCAGCCGAGCUCUGCCCAAAACUUCUGCAACAUCUCCUCGUGCCGGUCGCCGAGCCAGCACACCAUGUGCCGGUUCACCUCGUCCAGAGUCUCCAGAGCGUGCGGCGCCGUGCGCGUCAGCUCUGUGAGCGCUGCCGACAGGGCCGAGAUCCUGCGGGUCCACAACGACCUGCGCCGCGCCGUCCAGAGGGGUGCCCACAGGAACAGAGGUCUGCCGGAGGCACGGUACAUGCCCAACCUGCGCUGGAGCUCGUCACUGGCCAGGAUCGCACAGCGCUGGGCCAACCAGUGCCAGACUGGACACGACCAGUGCCGAAACCUGCCUGGAAAAUACGUCGGACAAAACUUCGCCUGGUCCGGCAAUCAGGCUAAAGACUGGAGGAACAGGAUUGCCAACGCUUGGUUCUCGAGUGAGCUCCCCUACGUCCGGUCUACCCUGAGUAAUCUCAAAUAUCGCGGGGGUAAAGCCGGUCAUCUCACUCAGAUUAUUUGGGCGAAGACAACAGAAAUUGGCUGCGGAUAUGUUGAGACUAAACGCCCAAGAGGCCGGUAUGUAGAGAGGUUCUAUUUCUGCAACUACGGUCCCGGAGGAAACUAUUACGGUCAGAGAGUGUAUGAUCCUAAGUAAACAGUUGCGUGUGUGUGUUGAUGUAAACUAGUCUGAUGAAGGUUGCCUUGAUAUGUGUUUCUGAGGUUACCGAGAUGUUGAAAAUUGGCACACAAUGUCAUUGUUACUGUGCAUUAUAAUGCUAAUAAAGCUGCAAUGG